AUGCCACCUACCAGGGCACUGUCGACGUCACCAGUGGAGUUAGGAAUGUGGUCAUUGGCUCAACCAACGUCUAGCGGUGAGACGAGCUCCACUAAGCUUGAUCUGAGUGGCUCCAACCCUCUUACCGACAAAUGGGGCCAUGAUCACCAGGGGCAUCUUUAUUCGCCGGCCAGCACUUGGCUCCGCCAUGUUGGCCUCAAUGUCCCCACGGCGCUGCCUCCUGCCAUGCCAUGGCUCAACUAUUCCAACUGUUCCAACCAUCUCGACUGGUGUGACAGCAACAUGGGUCUCUGCAGAGUGCAGGACACGGAAACCUGA